AUGAAGCUACUUACUACCCACAGAGCUCUUGAGAGAUGUCUCCUGAAGUUUAACCGGCGCACACAACACCUUGCCGGUCUUCGUAGCUCCGACUUAAGAGGAAUGUCCCGUCUUUGCGACCCAGCGGAAUAUGUAUCGCAAGCAAAACAUAGAUGGGCCGGUCACAUCAUGAGAAGAAUCGACGAUAGAUGGACUAAAAGAACGCUAGAGUGGAUCCCAAGAGACGCUAAACGCCCCCGAGGGAGACCGCCAACGAGAUGGGGUGACGUGUUCGCUGCACGGAUGGACCAGCUGAGAGCUCAGCUGGAUACGGCUCAAGGAACUCGUCAGCCUCACUCACGAAACUUGAGAACAUCUUGGAUGACAAUGGCGAGGGAACGAAACGAGUGGAAGAGAUGCUGGGGCCCGCACUUCCAGUGA